UCUCUUUUCUUAAAGAAACAGGAGAGCGAGCGACGAAGAGAGAGAGAGAGAGAGAGAGAAAGAGAGAGCGAGAGAGAGACUGCGCGUAAAUCCACUGCGAGCGAGUUUUAAAGUGCAGAUAUUUUUCUUGGCUGACCGUUCAUGCGUGCAGCUGUGAGAAAUAAGCGCAAACAGAAACAUCUGCCUUUGAACAGCCCCGUCUAUUGCUGCUUGUCCCCCCGGUGGUAGACAUGGCAAAGUUAUUCCGUGCUGCAAUCAUGGGUCCACCAGGAUCAGGAAAAGGCACGAUAUCCAAGAGGAUUGCUCAGAGCUUCGGACUGCAAUACCUGUCCAGCGGUCACUUUCUGCGCGAGGGCACAACUGUCGACCCAGAGGCAGGACUGCUGGUGAAGACCUACGUACAGAAAGGCAUGCCGAUCCCUGACCAUUUGAUGACCAGACUGAUGCUGCCCAAGCUGCAACAGCUGAGAGACCACAGCUGGCUGCUCGAUGGUUUCCCGCGUACAUUGGCACAGGCUCAGGCUCUGAACAACCUGUAUCAGCUCGACUUGGUCAUCAGCCUGAACAUUCCCUACGAGACCCUACGGGAGAGACUCAGCAACCGCUGGAUCCACCCAGCCAGUGGGAGAGUUUACAACAUGAGCUUCAACCCGCCCCGAGUGCAGGGUAAGGAUGACAUCACCGGAGAGCUGCUGAUUCAGCACGAUGACGACAAACCAGAAGCUCUGAUGGCAAGACUCAGACACUACAAGGAAGUGGCAAAGCCUGUCAUAGACUUGUACAAGUCACAGGGAGUCCUGCACUCUUUUUCUGGCACAGACACAGACAAGAUCUGGCCUUACAUCAACACUCUCUUCAGCACCAAGAUGCACACACAGCCGUCAGAAGACUGUCAAACCCAGACACCCUGACUCCGAUCCCAGCGGAACGCCACAGGGAAGAUGGAGGAAAAGCUUUGUUUCUUUUCUAAUGCUGGAGUGAGGUUUCAGGAAGUGCACUAGGACUCCUAUCAACAUGUUUGUUGACCCCUCCCCCAGAAAAAUGACUUCAUGCAGAUAUUUCUAUAGAGCUUUGUGCUUUAAAUUGUAUCAGAUUUCAUGUUAUUUUAGUGUGACAUUCAGAAGCUUGCGGGCGUUUUUGAUUUACGUUUGACGUUUUUGACUUUUUCUACCCUAAUCAGUGGUUAUACAGCACACAUGAGGAAGAGAAAGGUAAACAAGCUGUAUUUCUUUAAUUGCUGUAUUAAAUACUUCACAGUAAACUAAAAAUAGAAGAGGCGGGGCAUAAAAUACUUCAUACCAAACCACUUAGGAUUUGCUGGAGCCAUUGCAUCAUCCUAGUCAUAGAGAUUUGAUAAAAACUUCAUUUUAAACUUUUAUUUGUUAUUAUUGUUGAGCUGCAGUCUGUUCUGGAUGGGUUCAAAAGGGUGAUGAUGCAUCCAGUGUUUCUACUGUUCCGUAUCUUCGGUCAUUUUAUUAUUCUGACAGUUUUUGAUUUUUUUGUCGGUUUUUCUUUCCAGGCGAUUUCAUCUGACAGUAAAAAUCAUCGUUGCAGAAUGAA